GAGCCAGGAGCUCCCGCAGCUGCACACACCAGAGUCAUGCAGCGGGGCAGACUUGCUGCAGGACCUGCCGUCCUGGCUGUCACUGCCCUCCUGUGCACUGUGGCCUCGACUGAGGACACCUGUCCAGAGGCGAAGGUGCUAGAUCUGGAGGGUUCUGGCAAGCUCACCAUCCUCCGAGGCUGCCCGGGGCUGCCAGGGGCCGUGGGGUCCAAGGGAGACGCAGGCGUCGAUGGAGCGAGAGGAGCACCUGGUCCCGCUGGAGUCCCUGGGAAGGCCGGACCACCGGGACCCAAAGGAAACCAAGGAGAGAGAGGCGUGCAGGGGCAGAAAGGAGAGCCUGGGUCACCUCAGUCCUGCGACACAGCACCUCGGACCUGCAGGGAGCUGCUGACCAGGGGGACCUUUCUGAGCGGCUGGCACACCAUCUACCUGCCCGACUGCCGGCCCCUGACUGUGCUGUGCGACAUGGACACGGACAGUGGGGGCUGGACCGUUUUCCAGCGAAGGACCGAUGGCUCCGUGGACUUCUUCCGCGACUGGGCCUCCUACAAGCAGGGCUUCGGCAGUCAGCUGGGGGAGUUCUGGCUGGGGAAUGAGAACAUCCACGCCCUGACUGCCCAGGGAACCAGUGAGCUCCGUGUGGACCUCAUGGACUUCGAGGGCAACCGCCAGUUUGCCAAGUACACAUCGUUCAAGGUGGCGGGUGAGGCUGAGAAGUACAGGCUGGUCCUGGGGGCCUUCGUGGAGGGCAGUGCAGGCGACUCCCUGUCAUACCACAACACCCAGCCCUUCUCCACCAAAGACCAGGACAACGACUCAGCUACGGAAAACUGUGCAGAGCUGUACAAGGGGGGCUGGUGGUACUCUAAGUGCCAUCUGUCGAACCUCAAUGGUCUCUACCUCCGGGGGCCCCACGACAGCUUUGCCAACGGCGUCAACUGGAAGUCUGGGAGAGGCUACAACUACAGCUACAAGGUGUCGGAGAUGAAGCUGCGGCCGGCCUAGCAUGGGGCGCUCCAUGCACACGGUGGCCUCAGGGAGGCGGUGCGGGCGCUGUCAGGGAAGGGAGCAUGGGGUCCCCACCCUGCUCCCUGUGGAGCCCUGUUUCUCUGUUCUGUCUCCUGCACUAAGGCCCUGCCUCCCAUCCCCGGGGGUGAGAACAGGGACCCACCAGGUCCCGCCGGCCAUGUGUUUUCUCAAUAAAGACGUUUGCUUCCUUGUGGGGCGCUCGUGGGUGCCACCACUGCCUGCACAGCCCUGGACACCGAC